CUAAAUCAUAUUUAUAAUUUCUUGGUUCGCGGGUUUAUCCGGGGUAAAUGUGAAUAAUAUAUUGUGUUCAAUCAUUUUAUUUGGUAAUGUGUACUCGUGAGUGAAAAUAUGAAAGUAAAAUGACGUAUUAAUAAUAUAUAAUUAAUAAAAUUAGGCCAAGAAAAACAAACUAAAAGUUUAUUUACUUACAAGUAAAAAAGUGCUGCACCAUGUCCGAUUUUUUGAAGAAAAGGAAGAAAAUUACAGCGGAUCUCGACAAUACCGCUCCAGUUAAGAGGAUAUUGGAAGAACUUCCUCAUAAAAAUAAAGAAGCCUUUUCCUUUUACUGCAGAAAUCUACUACAGACAAAAACUGAUGGGUUUCACUGUUACAUUCCUGGAUAUCCUUUAAAUGGUUUUAGUGACGACUGGAAUGGCCAACUUCUUUUCAACUAUUUCCAGCCAUUUACAUAUAAGUGCUUGCCUCCAAGAUUCAUAACAGACAUCCGGCAUAUAGACAAAACUGAUCCUGUAUCUGACUAUAUUAAAAAAAAGCAAAAUUGGAAGAAAUCUUUAAAAAAUGCAAAAAUCUCUGCAUUGACAAGGAAAGCUAAUGAAAAACUAGAAACACUCAAUGAAGAUGUUGUAAGGUGUCCCAAAUUUAUAGUCACCAUAGCAAAUUUAUUAGAUAAAGAUCCAGAACCAUACUUCAACUUCAGAUAUAAUUGGUAUUAUGCUGGAUCUGGGAACAUGCACCUUAUAAGUUAUGAGGGCAAAGAUUACAUACUCUCAGCUGAGUUCUCUACUGUUUAUUUGAGAAAAUUCAACAAACAAGGCAUAGCUAUUGAAUCGGAACAUGUUGCUAGCUUUGAGUGUGGUGAAGGCAACAAUGUGUUUGAGAUUGCUUGUUCGUCAUGUCAGAACCAUCUUCUAGCUUUUAGAACAAGGAAUAAAGUAUUCAUCUGCAAACUAACAUCUGAAAAUGACCAAAUUAUUAUUAAGAAAAUAACAGUAUUGGACUCGGACAUCCCCUACACUUCCAUAUCAUUCGAUAGUUAUCAUACAAAAGUCUUGAAUGUCUGUCUAAUUGACAAACAUCUGCAUUUAAUUAACACUGAAACUCUGUUAGGUAAAAAGAUUUUAUUAAAGGGCCACAUUCAUAACUUUGUUGAUAAUUGGAAUACUGUUAUUGCUGGCAAAAAGGCAUACUACCUACAUGUUUCAAAGAAAGUAAUCUGUUUAUAUGAUAAACGAACAAAUCAAAUUCUAAAUCCCUAUACUACAGUAAGAAAUACAGUUGACGAGUACAAAUGUAACGACAUAACCUGUGUGAAACAGUUUGAUAACAGUGACUAUAUCUAUUUUGGAACAGAUCACCAUUUAUUUGAGUUAGACUUACGAUAUUACAGGAGUUACCAAUUAGAGUCGGUCCAACGUUGGACUCAUGGAAUGCAAUUUCCUCCAUUGUAUUUAAAUAAGUGCAAUCUAGACGUGAAUAGAGAUCUAGUCUGUAUGAGCAGCCCGUGGUGUGAGGACAUGUGUGUUGUGCCGAAUUCCAAGAAAAGUGGCUUCGUGUAUAACGCUGAUGGCGGCGUGACCAUACCGUACCGACCUCCGAGCAUCUUGUCGGUGCUACACGAAGCGCGGGAACAGUUGCUAUGUAACGAACUCUACAAGCCGAUCGAUGGUAGAUUGGUCACGACAAUAAAUGGCACAAUUAUGAUCGAACAAGGCGAAAAUUUCGAGAUUCUAAUGCACAACGCAUUAGGCGAUAUAACUAGACACACGCUUAUCCCAGAUAAUAAAUAUCCCUCAGUAGACGAUGACAGUGUUCAAAAGUUAUACGAAUGGACCAAGUCCUUUGAAUUCAAGAAGAUGCCAUUUCACGUAACGAAGAUUGCAAACUUUGCGAAGGUAUGGAAGAGAUUACAUAGAGUUCCGGAUGAUUUGCCACUAACGAAGGACAUAGAAAUGAACUUUUUCGACGAGGAUGAGAUACGUAAAACUUUUGAGAAUGGUGAACUCGAUGUUGAGUUUAAAGAUGCAUGGCUGGAGCGAGAGGCGGCAGAGGAACCGACGACCAUAACACUUGCUUGUGAUGAGUCAAAGGAGUUAUAAGUAAACUACAUAAGUCUGUGUGAUAUGUAAUUUUAAAGCUAAUUAAAAGUAAUUUAAACGUUA